AUGGCGAAGCCGAUCCAGCGAGUUUUGCCAAAACCCGAGGAGCAGGAGACAGAGCUUGACAGACUCUGCGCGGGAAGUGAUGAGGGAGUCCCAAGUGCUCGGCCAAAGCAGCGGGCACGACCUGAGCCAAAGCCGGAGGACACUGACACAGAGCCACCAACGGAGGAUGCAGAUGAUGCCACGGAACCUCCCAGUGAGGAAGAGCAGCGAAGGAAAGACGAUGAUAUCGAGCUGGAGCCAACAUCGAUGGUGGACUCUGAGGCUGAAGCUGCUGCAGAGGCCGCUGCUUUGCAAGUUCCGUGUGCAAGACCAAAGCAGCGUGCACGUCCUGCGAUGAAGUCGGUUGAGGAGAUUGAAGCAGAAAAACAGCUUGAAGCCAUAUAUCGCCGAGAGGCAAGAAGCGACAAUGGAAAGCAGCACAGCGCAGCCUGUGACGAUACGUCGCCUGAGUCGGCCGGAGAGCAGGACUUGCGGCGCUCGCCCCAGGCUGGUCGGAGCAAAGCCAUGGCAAGGCCAAGGCAGCGGCCAGAGGAGGAUGUCUUGCACGACUUUCCGGACAAGCGCCCUAGACUGGAAGAGGCAAACCAAGAUCAUAUUCCUUGCGCAAGACCAAAGCAGCGGGCACGAAACAAUCAGGAGAUCCGUUUCCGCUUCUUGGGAACCGGGACCUAG